AUGGCAGAGGCUGCCAUUCUCGUCCUCCGCACCUGCGUCACGCUGCUUGCCUUGCCCAUCUACAUACUGUCCUUCCUGGGCCUAUGGGAGCCUUUCUGCGAGAAGAUAUUUUUUCCUUUCGUCAUGGACAAGCUUUCCACAAUUCAGGAAAAGAAAACAAAGAAGCACAAGCUGGAGCUAUUUCGGAAUCUACCUGACUUCAAGAGCCCCUCAGGAGAGCUGAAGCUGCUGGAGAUCGGCACUGGCUUAGGUACAAACUUCCAGUUCUACCCACCAGGCUGCAAAGUCACAUGCACCGAUAUAAACCCCAACUUCCAGAAAGGCCUUUCGAGAAACAUGAGCAAGAACCAGCACAUCCACUACGAGCGUUUCCUCGUAGCCGCAGGAGAAGACCUGCACCAGGUGCCCAGCGGCUCCGUGGACGUCGUCAUCUGCACCUUUGUCCUUUGCUCCGUGCACAACGUGAACGGCACCCUGAAGGAGGCACUGCGAGUGCUCAAACCCGGAGGUGCUUUCUACUUCUUGGAGCACGUGGCCGCCAAUCCUUCCAGCUGGAAGCACUUCUGGCAGCACGUCUACUACCCGACUUGGAAACUCGUCUUUGCUGGGUGCUGCCUAACGAGAGAGAUAUGGAAGAAUCUCGAACAGGCUAACUUCUCGGAGUUAAAUUUAAAACAUAUCGACGUUUCGCUGCCCUGGACGCCCGUUGAGCCCCACAUCAUUGGCUACGCCGUGAAGUAA